AGCAAGGAAGUAUAGAAAAACCAAAUCCGAGGAGCUCAAAAAACGAAACAAGCUAAGCUACAUAGUAAUCGACUCCAUUUGACUUUUAGCCAUCACACCGAAAACCUUUCCAACUUUCUCUCCUCUUUGCAAUUGGUGGCAAGAAAUCUUGAACAUGCUGAGGAGCAACGCAAAGAAAAUCAAAAUCACUAAUUGGCCACUGACCCAUUGCCGCGGAUUCUUAGCACUGGCUACAUCCGAUAUCGCAUCCAAUAAAUCACAUACUCAGGAGGAGGACAGAGCGGUCACCAUGAAAGUACCCCAUUUUAUAGGAUCGAAGUGUGUUCAAAAUCAAAAUCAACUUGCGAAUGGAAAGGAAAAGAAGUUCACCUACAACUAUCACCCAUUUUCGAUUUACGAUUUAAAUGAGGCCGCUUUACGUGCCAAGCAGGCAACAACCGACUACUACAAGAAUAUAGAACAAAUUCAAAAAUUGAAGAUUGAAUACGAGAAAAAGUAGUUAUUAUAAAGAACACACGGUAAUAUGAAAAUUAUCAAAAUAAAAUUCCGAAAAGUAA